UACCCACCUAAAGUAAAAGUCAAAGCUAUCUGCGUUGACUUUUUCCCCCUUUAUUGAUGUUAGCAAAUGAAAUUCGAAGACUAUCUAAUGGAGAAAAGCCAAGAGCCCCAGAAAAGAAAAGAGCUUGAGAAAGAGGUUGUGAUAUUGCAAGCUCAGUUGAAGGGAGAACAAGCAAUGAAUAGGGUCUUACGUUGUGCUCUUCAAGGACCUGUUUUCUCUCUUCCACUCAUUCCCUCUGUUUUUCCACCUCAGGUUCAUGAGCUUCUUGAAGAAUUGGCAAUGGUUGAGGAGGAGAUAGUUUUGCUUGAAAGAAAAGUUAAGGAACUAAAACUAAGAUUGUACCAAGAGAGAGAAUUGGAAACAAUGCAACAUAGAAGGAAGCUUAAUAAUAAAAUAUAUAAGAAGCAGUUUCAAGAGUCAUCAGAACAUGGACCAAUGAUUACUGAGCAUAGAUGCAGUUCACAUAAUUAUGAAGUCUUCACCAAAGGGAGAAAAUCAAGAGAUACAAGAGCCUCUCUAAGUUCAUCAUGGGAUAUACAUAGCCUACUUUCCAUGCCAAGAAGGUCAAAUGAAUAUGAAGCAGCAAGAAGGAGCACUCAAAAGAUUCCAAGACAAUACCCUAUACAAAUAGAAACAUCCAUUGAGAAACCAAAUGAAUUGUCAGAAGAACUUGUGAAAUGUCUCAUAGGAAUUUUUCUUGAAUUGAACCGGGCACCAUCAUUGGACAGAAACAGAAUAGAAGAAUCUGAAACUGUGCCAAGACUCAUUACUCUUUCAUGUAUGAAAUCCACAGGGUUCAUUUCAAAGACCUCAUUCAGCUGCAAGACACCUUCAUUCCAUUCAAAUGGCAAUGCUUCUUAUUAUGAUCCUUAUGGAACUUCUUCAGAUUUAGAUUGCACUGCAAGGGAUGUUGGACCUUACAAGCACUUGAUUCAAAUCACUACCACUUCAUUGGAUAUUGAACGUUUCUCUCACUGCUUACCAGCAUUCAAAAAAUUGAGGACCUUGAUGCAUAAGUUAUGUGAUGUGGAUUUAAGUUUCUUGACCUACAAGCAGAAAUUGGCAUUCUGGAUAAACAUAUACAAUGCCUGCAUAAUGAAUGCAUUUUUGGAUCAUGGCCUUCCUUCUACAAAUGAUAAACUGUUGUCUCUUAUGAAUAAGGCAGCAAUGAAUGUAAGUGGGAUAGUACUCAAUGCUCUGGCUAUUGAACACUUUAUUCUUCGACAUCCGUAUGAAUCAAAACAGGGUCCCGUGGACGAGAAGGAAGUGUUAUUGCGACAUGCUUAUGGUCUGGGGUAUCCGGAGCCCAACAUAACUUUUGCUCUUUGUCGCGGCACUUGGUCGUCACCGGCGCUAAGGGUGUACACAGCAGAGGAAGUGGUGAACGAACUGGGGAGGGCAAAAGUGGAAUACUUGGAAGCUGCAGUGGGAAUAACAAGCAAGAGGAAGAUAAUAGUGCCAAAGCUAUUGCAGUGGCAUAUGGAAGAUUUUGCGGAUGACAUGGAGUCACUAAUAGAAUGGAUAUACAGCCAAUUGCCACGUUCAGGAUCAUUGAAGAGAGCCAUGAUGGAGUGUCUAAUAAGAGAAACAAAGUACCCCAUUUCUAAAAUGGUAGAAGUCCAAUCAUAUGAAUCUCAAUUCCGAUAUCUCCUACCCAUUUAAUGUAAUGUAUCAUAUCGCUUAACUACAACCAAUAACUAACCUUAUGCAAAUCAAAAACUCGUUUGCAUGCCAACUAUAUUUUAUUUAUUUAUUUUCAGAC